AUGGCAGGGAGAUCUUUUACUAUCGUUACAUACACUCUGUCGCUAGUGACCCUGACCGCCUUUCUGUUGUUCUGCUUCGUUUUCCAAAGCCCGGUCCGCAGCGUGCGGUUACUCGCUGCGGGUGUAGAGAAUGGACGAGGCGGCCACAGUACAGCUGUUCAGGAGGGUGACUUUCUACUGGGUGUCGGAAAGGCAGACAUUACAGGCCCGGUCGUUGAAGUCAAUUUGAUGGGCUAUGCAGAUACAGCCCAGUCAGGGACUGGUCUGCGGCAACGACUCUAUUGUAGAGCGUUCAUCAUUGGAAGCCUUUCAAACAACUCCUCAAGAAUCGUCUACCUCGUCCUUGAUACCCAAUCCGGUGACACCGCUGUCCGCCAUGGCAUUCUGGAGGAACUCGAGAAAUUGGGCCCUGAGUACGAAAUGUACACCAAGAACACAAUAGCCGUCACCGGCACACACAGCCACAGCGGGCCUGGGGCAUGGCUAAAUUAUCUUCUGCCGCAAAUUACUAGCAAAGGAUUCAGCAAGGAAAGCUACGAGGCCAUUGUCAACGGCUCCGUGCAUGCAAUAAAAAGGGCACAUGCCAACCUCGAGCCAGGGUAUCUGAGACUGGGUCAAGAGAAGGUCAACGAUGCCAAUAUCAAUCGAAGUCCUUACGCCUACUUACAGAACCCUCUGCAUGAAAGGCGUCAAUAUCUGGAAGACGUGGACAAGGACAUGACUCUGUUAAAAUUCGAAAGGGCAUCGGACGGUCAUCCUUUGGGUAUUUUGUCUUGGUUCCCAGUCCACGGCACAUCACUCUAUCAAAACAACACUCUUAUCACUGGUGAUAACAAGGGAGUAGCGGCAUAUCUGUUGGAAGAGUACAUGAGAGAGAAGAAUCCUGAAUUUACCGCAGGCUUUUCUCAAGCCAAUGUUGGCGACACAUCACCCAACACUCUUGGGGCAUUCUGUGAAGACACCGGCCUUCGAUGUUCUUUUAACGACAGCACAUGUGGCGGCCGAACCCAGCCAUGCCAUGGACGUGGACCCUUGUUCACAUAUCUGGACCAAGGAACAAGAUCCUGCUUCGAUAUUGGGAGCCGCCAGAUGGCAGCGGCCAGAGACCUCCUAGAUAGCGACAGCCUAGAACGAAUACCAGCAUCAACCGUAUCCUUCUUCCAUACCUAUGCGAAUCUUUCAUCGUUCACGUUCACCUCACCAUUCAACCAGUCUCGACAACUCAAGACAUGCCCUGCUGCAUUGGGCUAUGGCUUUGCCGGUGGGACCACUGAUGGCCCCGGAGCCUUCGACUUCUCACAAGGUACAAAUGACACUGAUGACUCUCCAUCACUCAGAAAUCCACUGUGGAAAGUUGCACGUGGCUUCAUUCAUGAGCCGACGGAUGAACAAAGAGCCUGUCAGAGACCGAAGCCUAUCCUGCUUGACGUCGGGGAGGCCGAUCAUCCCUACGCAUGGUCUCCCAACAUUGUCGACAUUCAACUUUUGCGAGUUGGCCCACUCAUCAUCAUCGUAUCUCCUGGAGAAGCCACAACCAUGGCAGGAAGGCGCUGGCGUAACGCCCUGGGAGCGGCGGCCCAGUCCGUUCUCCACAUUGACAAGCCUAUCGUGGUCCUCGGCGGCCCGGCCAACACUUACGCACAUUACAUAGCAACCGAAGAGGAGUACGGUGUUCAGCGCUACGAGGGGGCCAGCACACUGUACGGAGCGCACACAUUGGAAGCCUACGUCAACCUCACUCUCGACCACCUCCCCUAUCUGGGCUCGCCCGACGAGACGUCUGAUCUGGACAGGCUCCCUGCUGGCCCUAGCCCUCCUAUCAACGUCAACGCCUCGUGGUCGUUUAUCACUCCGGUAGUGGUUGACCAUGCCGGUCUGCUUCGGCGGUUUGGCCAAACACUCGCUUCUCCUGACCCAGCCAAGCCGUUCACGCCCGGGACGAUUGUCAAAGCCAAAUUCGUGGGGGCCAAUCCACGCAACAACUUCCGUCUCGAAGGCACAUUUGCUGCUGUGGAGAAGUACGAUUCAUCCUCUGGCUCUUGGGUGCAAGUCCGCUCGGACCGUGACUGGUUCCUCGUCUAUCGAUGGGAGAGAAUCAAUACGGCACUCGGGACGAGCGAAGUCAGUAUAGAAUGGGAGAUCGAACCAGGCACCGAGACAGGCAUGUACCGGCUGAAAUAUUAUGGCGACUCGAGGAGUUUGACUGGUCAGAUCACUGCGUUUGAGGGGACAGGCGGUGUUUUCAAUGUCGCGGGCGAUGCUACCAAGUCUGUAUUUUGGGAUGAGCUGGUCCGACCCUGA